UGAUUGGGUGCAGCGACUGCCCUGCGAUAACUUCACUACCGGUGCUGCGUCUACGCAGGACUAUAGAUUAAUGCACCUGGUCUCCGAGUGAAAGUUGCAGUGUUAUUUCUGUUUACACCCGUGUGUACCCGUGAAUUGACAGAACUGAACAUCAUGGCCAAAAGACGUACCGAGGAUGGACUUCUGCAGCACGACCCUCCAUCUAAGAAAUGCCGCCCUCUGUGCAGUGUUGACAUGCAGCUCGGAGGCAUGGCUCCCUCCGUGGAUGUGAGUCCGCCGUCCCUGUUGGAUUUGCUGGGCAGUCGCUGCAGGAAGAGGACACACUUUUUCGAAGACUUGGAGAAACAAGAAGAUGAAGUAGCUCUAUGCCUAAAACCAACACAUUGCGAGGCCAGAAAGCACGCAGUUCAUGUUUCCACUUCUGGAAGUUUCCAGGAACGACGCAGCCCAGGCACGCUCACGAGCUCUAGGAAACGAUCCAGAGAGGACUGUACGAGUCCAGACACUACUUCCACUAAGACCGGUGCAAAAACUGAUGAAGACACCACUGAGGAAGACAGCACCUACAACUCGUUCCAGUUUUGGAGGGUCCCUUUACCCGAACUUGACCUUUCACUGCUUGAAGAUUACAAUGAUCAUCCUCAAACACAAAAGAAGUCAAAAGUUAAGGACAUCUCUGCUGAUACAAUGGAAACCUGAAAAUGAUAGGUGCAACAAAUCUGUACAGCUCUAUCCUGGUUAUCAGAUGGCAAAAUGUGACGCUUUCCAACAGAUCACAUCAGAAGAACAUUAGGGUUGCUUGAAAUGCUUCCAGGUGACAUGAAAUAACCUGAUGUUGCCAUGUCAGAGUGAUGUAGGCUGUAAAAAGGGAGCCUCCUGCUGGUCUAAGAUCUUAGUGAUUACGCAAAGGCAACAACACCGUUCCUACAAGAGAAAGAAAAGAUGUGUCGGGACUUGUAAAACUGCAGGCAUGGGUGGCACAUGGAUCCUGAAAUGUCAGAUAGUUUUAUUUUUAACCAAAUUGAAAACUGUCUUCAGAAGUGAUUGAUGCUUUUUGUUUAGUGCAGAAAAGCUCGCAAAGUUAUUAUGUUAUGUAUUGUUAUAAGUAAUCUGAUAGAACCUGGGCCUGAACUUAACAGAUCCAAUUUGGUGCCCCAUUGGGUGUAACUCAUUCCAAAUAUGUUGUUUAAAGUGUUAGAUGUUGUGGAGAUUAUAUACAUAUUUUUUUUUUAUUAAAGAAACCAUACUAAGGCAGCACUUUCAUGUGUUUCCUGUUACUGACACACCUGAUUGGUGGUCACAGCUGUUCAGCACUGCCAGGGGUUUACAUUGUAAAUUACAGUUUAUGUUCCCUUUUGUGAUUUCUGGUUUGUUUUUUCUUAAAGUGGUGUCUUUUAAGCAGUGAAUUUGUUUGUGGUAGGACCAUUUCAUCAACAGUUACAAGGUUGUUAAUAAGAAUCCUUCAGUUAAAAUCUCGUCUCACAAAAUGUUUCAUAAUCUGAAGUUAACAUUAGAAAAUGUGCUGUCUUAUUACAUGCAUCAGAAUUCUUUGAUUACACACGUAGUAGCAUACAGGUAGAAGUAGACAAUAUACAAAAAAUACAAUACAAUAUGUAACAAAUACAGUAGCUCACCUGUUGACUGUUCAUGAAAGACAAUAAAUAUACUUUUACAAUCAUG